GGAUGACGAGGCCUGCCUGUAACUUGAGCCGCGCAGCCGGAGGGCCUCCUGCCUGCCAAGGAAGGAGUAAGACAGGGCCCUGUCAGAGCUCGCACGGGGCGGGACUGGCAGCUGCAGCGGUGCAGGGAAGUUUCCAAACGUCGCCAGAGGCCGGGUUUUCGCCCCGCUUGCCGCCAUGAUGCCAGAUCAGACUUAUUGUGAUCGUUUACGGCAGGACGUGGCUUUUCUAACGAGCAAUGGCAGACUGAGUGAGCAGCUGGUUGACAAAAUUAUCCUUCAGCUAAACAGAGUUUAUCCGCAAAUUCUCACCAAUAAAGAAGCUGAAAAGUUUCGGAAUCCCAAAUCUUCCCUUCACAGUCGGUUGUCAAACCUUAUAGCCCACUUGCAGAAGCAAGGUGACAAACCGUGUCAAGAAUUUUACCGUGCUUUACAGAUCAAUGCAGAACAGCUGUAUAACAACUUGCCAAGCAAGAGAAUUCUAAAAACCUCAGAUUCCACAGGGAUAAACCCUGAGAAGGAGAAAUGUAUUCUAAAUGACAGGGGUCCUACAUUCUUUCUUGCCUGCUUCAGUGUUGCUGCAGGUUUAGCUUUCUUCAUGUAUUACUAUAACCCAGAUUCAAGAGUCCUAGGAGGAGCCAAGAAAGUGCUGGGAUUUUCCCCUAUCAUCAUAGGAAGACAUGUUAGGAAUAUUUGUAUGUUAUACAUGGAAGACUCAACAAGGAAAGAAUAAGAAUAAACUAGCUCUGCGGACCAGCAUCAACUGCCCCUACCAAUGCAAAGGCUGCAUUGCAAAUAUAUAAAUAUAUAUGCUAUUUUUCUUAUACCAAAGAUAUAACUAAGUGGCUUUAGCAGUGUGUAUAUACUGCUUCAAAGGGCUUUCAAAAUAUCAGCUAUAUAUGCCUUUUACCUGUGGGGGUGGAUCAUUUUAUUUUUGUACAAGCUAUUUUAAACUAUUUAUCCUGUGGAGAAUUGUUUUUUUUAAAAAAAAAUAUAUAUACAAGCAUUUUAACAAUGUCCUAAGCUGUUGUAAAGUCUUAAAAGUCCCAUUUGAUUCUGGUCCAGAGGAUAGACAAAAUGGUCCCCACUCUGAACUGGACAGAGUGUUGCCCUCUUGGGAUUCUCUGCUUGACGGAGAACAAACAGAAGGGACAAUAUCCAUCGCUGCCCAUGCGCAUCCACUCAUUCUGUUGUGCCCACGGGAGCACCCACCGAUGCAACCAGAAGCUAGCAUUUCUAAAGAAAUCCUGGAAAUUAGCCAAAAUGCUCCUUUCCAGAACAGGUCAGGUCAGCAGAAUUCCCUUCUGCAUUCUCCGCAGGUCUGCCCUGUUCCGGAAAUUAGUGUUUCAACUCAUUUCUGGUUGCUUUAUGAAGUGCUAGCGGUGGGCCUCCCUGGCACAUGGGCUGCGUUGGAUGCCGCCCAAGGAUUCCACUGAAUAAUAUGUAAAGUUUGUGUGACUGCUGACAGAAGUAUCUGCACAACACGUCUGUCCUGGCGCCUCAGCUAAUCUGUUUGCAAGUGUAAGGGAUCCUCUGUGUAAGUAGCAAAGACACUUGGCUUUAGACAUUGUUUUUUGAGCAACACUUGAAACUUAUCAGCAAUACUUGAAAGAAAUGCACCCAAAGCCUUAUUAAGACAUGGGACUCUAUGGCUUAACUUUUAAAGGUCAGGACUGUGUGUUCUCUUUCUGUUCCUUGUACACUCUGAGAACUCGGAGUGACAUGAAUAAUCCAGGGAAAAGAAAAACUGUUGUAUAUUUGUUUGCUAUUUUGACUGUGCAAAAUUUCAUGUCAUUUCUUUUGCCUGGUUCCAGGAGCACCGUUUUAAGUGUGUGGAAGGAAUUUAGCAAGGUCCAAAACUCUGGAUGGCUGAUGUAUUCAUGGUGAAAUUGGGUGAAAGGGAGUUGUAUAUUUUAGGAGCAUUUGUUUGUAUACUUUAUGAUACUUAUAGCAGUGUUAAUAAUGUAAGACCAAAAGAAACCCUCACCCUUUUUGGAACCCAAUGAAUAUUGGCCUUCAGCAUGCAUACCUAUUAUAUAGGCCCGUUUAAUUGUUUAUAAAAUAUCAUUAUAUAAAGUGAGUUGGCUACACUAGAGAGGCACCUGAAGCAUUGUUUGGAGUCUGAAGCAUGCACAUGUGCACACCUCUGAUUUAGUGUGCUGUGUUGUAUGCACAAGCCUUGGUUUCUGUGCUUUUUCCUUUUCCUCCGGCACAUAGGAAGAAGAUCAGAAGCUUUUGCUUCUGUUUUCAGAUAACCAAAGUUUAUUGUUAUGUCCAUAUCUUAAACUGUGAUUAAUUUAAACUAUUUUUUAGGGCAGGGGUGACCCUCCAGAUGUUUUGGCCUGCCACUCCCAUCAGCCGUAAUCAGCAUAGCCAGAGUUGCCAACCCCUGGUUUAGGGAAACAAGCCUUCAUAAACAAUAGUUUGAACUUGGCUUGUUUCAAUAAUCCAUAGUUAAACCUAAGACUAACCCUGGUUUGUCCAGGUUUAGACAUUACAGUAAACUAUAGUUAGUUAAAAAUAGUAGUGAAAGCAUCCAGUCUCCUUGGGGCUGUGCCCAAGGAGGAGAGGUGUGAAUUGAUGAGCCCCAGAUUCAUUUACAUGAUGAAUGAGGCCAUAGACCAGCCUCCCCCAACCUGGUGCCCUUCAGACACAUUGGCUGAUGGUCCUGCUGUCUGAGGAUUAAUGGAGUUGGAGUCCAAAAUGGAGAACAACUCCCACAAGUUGAGGAAGCUACGGAAUGACCAUGAGCUUAGGCCUUCCAUGCUGGUUUUGUAAAGUAAUUCAGAACUCUGUGCAUAGGUACAAAUAUUUUUUUUACUUAUUUCAUUUCAUUUCAUUUUUGUAUGUUGGAAAAGUUAAUUUGGGUGCCAUUUCUAGAGAUGAUGAGGAAAACGUUAAAGCUGCAUGAAUUAUUAUUAUUAUUAUUAUUAUUAUUAUUAUUAGGCUGCACUGGUGAUAGUUUAUACAAUUUGAGGGAUCUGAACUGCUGUUUAACUUGAGCAGGGCUGUGACUUUUGUUUAUAACUUCAGCGUCCUGUCAGGGACCUUAGGGAGCAAUUAAACGUAAGGUGGCAUCAUCCGUGGUUCUGUUCUAAAAGAGCUCUUAAAUAAGACCACACCCAGCAGCAACUUCCUCAAUGUGCAUUACCUGGAAUCGCCACAAGAUGGUGAAAGAACACCACAUCCUCUGUGGGAGUUACUUUUGCACUCAACUACUCAGUGCUUUUCUUUUCUUUUUUCUUCUGUUUUCUUCUUUUUGUCUUUUUUGCACAUGUUGCACCGAGAAUUAGCAUGGCCAUUUUAGGUUUUGAGUUCAGUCUUACUCCUAGCUUGCCUAUUGGGGCCCUUAUUGUUUCUGCGUUGGAAAAUCCUAACUAGACGUGCUCAUUUUGUCGAAUAUACGUUCUAGGAUUUUCUGCGGUGCAUCGAAAAAGGUAUUGAGAUUUCAGAUGACUGCACAGAGCGGCACCCGAAUGGAACUGCAGCAAAAACUGUAACAAAUAUAGUGAAGCAUCAGAUAAACUACUGCUUAGGAUUGGCUGUUUCUCUGGAAGAGUUAAAAACGAGUUAAUGGUUACGAUCUGCCCAGAGAGCUUCGGCUACUGGGUGGUAUAGAAAUGUAAUAGAUAAUAAAAUACAAAUAAAAUAAAAACAAUUUGUUCAUACUCACAAAAAGGGACCUUACAAAGUAAGCAUGAUAUCUGUCAGCUGAACUGUGUCUCUGAUCAUUGCCUGCUAGAUUUUCCUCUUAAAUCAGAGGGUCUGGCUUCUAAAAUUAAUACUAUAUCCCACUUUUUUUCCUUUUGCAAGGAACCCAAAGCAGCUUACAAGGUUCUUCUUCAUUUUAUCAUCACAACAACCCUGUGAAGUAGGUUAGGCUGAGAAUCAGUGGCUGGCCCAAAGUUACCCAGUGAGCUUCAUGACCAUGUGGGGACUAGAAUCUGGCUCUCUCAAGUCCCAGUCCAACACUGUAACCACUGCAGUGUUUUUAAAAUUAAGGUGUCAGUGACUUGUUUUCCACCCUAAAGGAAAAUUGCUCAGCCAGUACUCAAUAAGAUUAUGUUGAUUUUAAAGGCACUUAUCAGUUCUAGGACAGCAACACCUUAUUUAUGGAGGAAUGACUUUGUCCAGUUAUUUUUUUCAAAAUAGGGGAUUCAUUUAGAAAAGGAAUAUUGUUUACUUGUGCUUCAGGCCACCUUAUAAUGGAAGCAAUGGCAGGGCACUUGACACUUAAGAAUUCUUCCCAACCUUGGGCAGCUUCAAAGCUCACUUAUAAGAUCAAAGCUAAGGACAAGUAAGUCAGGGUUGAAACGUAAACUAUUACUCCAGUCAACUUAGAAAAUAGCUUUGAACCUGUCACGCUGACUAUGUGACCAAUACAUCAACCAGCUCCAAUGAAAGCAAACAACUUGCAUUAUCAUGCAAGAAGCAUCUAAACAGAGGAAUUGCACUUUGCCUCUCUGAGCAAUGCUCCCAAGAGGUAAUAGCAGGUGGGGCCAUGAAAGUUUGUCUCGCUGCUUCUAACUGCAGUGCAGGAAAAAGGAAUAAAGUCAAGGCAGGUUUGAAAGGGGGCUGGCAUUGUGCUUGGAAAAAUGAUUUCCCAAGUCAUGAACCACCAUAAGUUUUGCCAUUAAUAGAUGCUAAAUAUCAGUAUUUAAUGUAGCAUGGUGGAUCGAGGCUCGCUUAACCUGCUAUUUCUGCAGCAUAUUUGCCAUUAAGAUGUCAAAUUGCACAGUCUGAUUCUAACUACAUAAUUCGUUAGCCCAAACCCUUGGGUGUGUGGAUUUGAAAUAUUUACAAAUGUCUUUUCAGUUUGAAUGGCGUUUACCCAAGAAUAAGUGCUAAUCAGUUACUGUUUUGUGGUUUAGAAGUCAGAGAAAUUUUCUAUGGCCCAUACUUAUGUCAAGCCGCGUAAGUAAGCACCUUGGAAUAUACAGAUUAUGUAGUUUUGUCAGAAGUAUGCACUAAAUGUUGGUUUUAUUCCAUACAUUUACAAAAGAAAACAUCCCUUCCAAGAUUGACAUUUGUUCUCCAACCCCAAGGAGUCUUAUACUUUCAUAUGAAUAUUAGAAUAUAGUGAUGAUAACAUAGAAUCCUGCUCUUUCAGCCAUUCUUUUCAGCACAGUCACAUGGCUUCAACACAGCUAAUGCCUUUUUUGAAUCCAUGCCAAGAUCCCAGUAGAGAUGGCCGUUUUUUUAAUAACUAGCUCUCUCUCUCCUUGAUAUUACAUUCUGGGAUGUGCUCAGUGCUCUCUAUUGUCCUUAGCCAAUGACAUGAGGUAAAUUAUGAACAAGAUGCACUUUUCGCUAUGGAAUUUGCACAGAUAUAGACCUAGAAUGUAGUCUUCUUAGGAGAUUGUCACCUGCAUGGUAGUAAAUAAUAUCCCUAAAAUUCAAGUACUUCGUUUUCACCUUUCCUUGGCUGUGGGGAUUUUUUUGUUCCAGCCAAUUCAACUUGUUGGAAUAAGGGCCUGCAGGUGAAGACAGUUGUAAUAUAAAAACAAAACAGAGUUUGCAGCAAAUUCUCUCAUUGCUCUGCAAGGAUGGCUUUGCAACAAAGCAAUGGAAGUGUAUGCCGACUGAUCAAAUCUAGGCACAGCCUUUAUACUUGACCCAUCCCUCUUUCCUCAAGCAAACUGCACGCAUAUGUUCAUGCCUUUAUCUGUUCACAUGCAUCCCCUUAUUAAUAUAUUUGUUUUUAAAAGGAAAACCUUUUGGCUUCUUAAAGUGCAACCCUGCUCCAGGGGUUGGUUUCUUUCUAGAUAACAGCACUGUUGCUAGCCAAUCAAUACUGUGCUUCUGUUUGAAAUCAUCAGAGCUAUUUUUCUCCACAAAAGCUUGGUGUUAGAGCAGCCUUCCCCUUCCCCAAUCUCAGGGGCAGGGACCUGAUGCCAUCCAGAUAUUUUAGAGUACAAACUCAUCUGCCCCGCAACCAUUGCCAAAAGUCAGGGAUUAGGGAUGUUGUGCAAAAUAUCUGGAGGACACCAGGUUGCCUACAUCUGCCUACUCUGGUACCCUCCAGUUGCUACAACUCCCAUCACCCAGUCAGCCAGCAUGACCAUUGAAAUGAGAGUUGCAGUCCAACACUUCUAGAGGGCACCAGGCUGGAGAAGGCUGCUUUGGAGGAAAGCAGGUGUUUUUGAGGUAGAGAGAGAGUUUACAGGUUCAGCCUCAACGGUCCAAAGAUGUUAUAUGUAACUUCAUCCUCCAAUUCUGAUUCACUCAGGACUGCUGCACUACCUGCAGUAUUUGACUUGAUUUGGGACUUGGAUUCCAUGUACUAAUGCAAAUCUCAGAGUUUUGUCUGUUAAAAAGGGAAACAUUAGAUGUAAGUAUCUCUUAUAUAGCUUUUCUGGUCUCUCUGUGUGUAAUGUAUGUAUCAAUACCCCCAAAAUUAAAGCAUAUUUGACACUUUAAGAA